UGUAAAUAGAGUGUUUUUCUGAGUUUUUCCUCUCGACCCGUGAGUGGGUUCGCUUUGAAAGUGAAGUGCAUCGCAGUGUGAUAUCGCUAGAGAGAAACUUGUCCUCGGUGAAGUGCGGUGUGUUGAUCGAUCGAUCGAGAUUAAAGCCUUUAACAAGUAUAUAAAUGGAAACAACGAUGUUGUUGCCAAUCGUACCUACAGUAGUCACGAAGGUCCACGACGACAAAGAUUUUGCAGAUGUGAAUUAUUACCACCUCUUUCGUAAACAGCUGCGGGAUCGAUUGCACGAUCAGCAAGAGUUGGAAGAACGAUUGCAAACGUUGUUGGAGUGCACGAGGAAGCAGAAACAACACCAGCAGCACCAGCAGCAACUUUACCAGCAGUUGCAACUAUUGUUGUCACCAAAUGAUUAUAAUCGCAACAACUAUCGCAACAAUGUUUCACAACAUCAGCAACGAUUACAACGGAGUACUACAAACACAAUUGAGGAAAAACGUACAAAAAACCAACUGCAGCCGCAGGUACAGCCGAAGCCGGAGCCGAAGUUCGAACCGGAACCAAAUCUGGAGCCCCAGUUGAAUCCACAACCAACGCUGCAUCCGGAUCCAGCUGACCUGCCUUUGGUGGAGGAAGAUGAUUCAAAACCGGUAUCUUUGUUUGAUGUACUGAAGAAUGUAAAGCUGGAUGAUGCAAAGCUGGACCUAUUGAAAAAUUUAAUUGAAAAGCUGGAAUCCAAGUUCGAAUUGAGUGAGCCAAAGCUCUCACAGUUGCACCAGAAUCUGAAGUCGAUAGACUUCGAUUCGCUGCCGAUUUCGAAAUCGAUAUACUCGCAGUAUGAAGAAAACUGUUCACAAAAAAAUGAACUGCUCAAUUUGGAAGACUCUGAUUCAGAAAGUGAAAGUCUUCCUCUUCGCCGAAAAACCAUUGACUUUGAAGAGCAACAGUUUAAAAAUUAUUCCACGGCACGUAAAAUCAAACUCUUAAAGCGCCAAGUCUUUAUGAAUAAAAGAUCUCCCUACGCAAUGCUGAAACCCGUAAAGCGCUUCCGUGAUUUCUUUGAAGUGUACCACGCAUCAUUCAGUACCAUUCGGACUAAAAUUAAAAAUUCUCAAAAUCUUCAAUGUAGUCCAGUUCCCUCAAAAUCUUCAGGGGUAGAUAGUCUAAUGUCCUCAAAUUCUUUAGAGGCAGAUAGGUCAAUUCUCUCAAAUUGUUCAGAGACAGAUAGUCCAGUUCUCUCAAAAUCUUCAAAGAUAGAUAACUACCUUCACUAUAUGUCGGACGAAGAAGAAGACUAUUUAACGCGCUGCAAAAGUAAAACAGCGAAAGUAUUUAAAAUGGCCGAGGAGAAGUACUUGAAAGAGUGGCACUCGUGGAAGCAUACUGAUUCCUUCCAGACUGAUUCCGAUGAAGACGGGGCGACUGAUUCAAGGAUUGCUGUAAAGGAAGAGCAGGAGGUGAGCUUUCAACAUCAGUUCAACAUGUCCCAGAUGAUGGAACAGUUUUCAGUCCGGUCACCAUCACUACUGAAACCAUUAUCAUCAAGAGCUUCACAUAUACCAUGUACAUCAUCAGGAGCUUCACAUAUACCAUCAGAAGCUUCAACAUCAUUAGAAAUCUUACCAUCACCGAUCAAGAAUCCAUUGAACAACGAGGACAAUCAACGAAUUACUCGAAGGAAGCACGAAGAGAUACAACAGCAGAUGGCAUACAAUAUUAAAAAGAGCACCCUUAUCGACCAUUGCUAUCACCAAACGAACGUGUCUGAAAACCUUCAAGUAUUUAAAGAAGAGUUAGAGACAGAAGAAUCCGAAGAUGAAGAGGCAAUCAUUGACGUCGUGUCAAUCAAAACUGGCAAAAAACAACUGUCGUUCGCAAAGCAGAUAGCACGCUUUGAUCUCGAGUCUCAACGCAAGGAAAAACACGAAGACUCGGAUGAAGAUGAGCCUCCUGUUUCUCGCCGGCCCCGUGGUAGACCACCGGGUUCCUCAAAACGAAGGACCAAUCGAUCUGGUCCCGCUCCAAAACGUGCCCGUAUCCAGCACAACGUACAUGCAUCUCAGCAGCCUGAAUCAUUCACAUCAUACCAGUGUCAGAAUUCAGUGCGACAGUGCGCCUUAAGAGAUUCAUUUGAGGAUACGGAGAGAAGGCGCCUACAUAAUAACAUGGAGCGACAACGGCGAAUAAACAUGAAGGAAUCGUACGAACAGUUAAGAAAGCAAGUGCCAGCCGUUGCCGAAAAUGAUAGAGCGUCGAAAGUGUCGAUUCUGAAGCAGGGAGCAGCCUGCAUUAAAUUUUUAACAGAAACAGGCAAUAGUUUAAAGACUAAUAUUAAACAGUUAAAAGAACAUAACCAGGUGCUGAAAAGAAAGUUGCAACAUUUGCAACAUAAACAAAUUUUCUACAAUAAAUAGGCAUCUUUUUUCAUCUUUUUUUAAAAAAAAAUAUAAAUUAUAUCGACACCACGCGUCUAUCCGAUUCUUCACGCGUACAUGACA